GGCGCCGCCGCCCGACCCCCUGCGCCGACCUGGUCAGCGUCCCGAGACCACUGGGCAGGAAGAUUCUGGGACCAGCUCUUGGAUUUUUAAGGAUCAGAAUUUUCACAGCAUCCUUACUGUUACCACUUUGGUUUCAGUUGUCAUUCAAGCUUAUUUGGCUGGUUAUUGUCUUCUGCUCUUGUCCAGUACCGUCUAUUGCUGAUACUGCUGGACUCCAGUGAUAGCACCCAUACAUCUUACCAUUCAGAAGGUAGACUUAGGAGCAUCAGGAGUUCAAAGUCAUCAUCAUUUGCUUCCACUUGAGAGAUCCUUGGAUGUCCACUGGACAGAAACUUUGAACUUUAGAUCCAUCUUCAUAUCAGCAGAGCCUCAGCUUUUUCAUUAUUUGAGGAAGGGAUAGCCCAUGUGCUGUGGAGAUGAACGGGGAGCAGCGUCUGGAUGCAGAUUCUGGGCCUGGUGUAGAAGAAGUAGAAUUCAGCUGGGAGGAUUAUCUAGAAGAGACAGGCUCCACCACAGUUCCCUAUGCAUCGUUUAAACAU